CAGAAACACUCCACGACCAAUUCGCAUACGCUUAGUGCAUUAGCAUUCAGCCCAACGUCCAGCAUCCUGUGCGCUGCCGGACCGAGGUCCACGUGAGAGCUCCCACUCCUCGUCAGCAUGUUGUGCGUGAGGCUCGCAGGCCGGCGCGCGUUGAGCACGCUGGCGAAGAGUCCUUUGUACCUUCAGCAGGAGCAGGAUAAAAAAGACCUUACUGCCGUCCUACCUCAGGUAAUAGAAGAAAUUCAAGAGGCAACUAAAUCUUGUAAAAUUCAAAGCGAGACAGAAUGGCUUGGCAAGUUGUUAUCGUACACCGUGCCUGGAGGCAAGCUGGUCAGGGCGCUGGCCACUUAUAACGCUAUGCGACACUUGGCACCAGCGGGGGCCGCUCAGGAUGAAGAGUACCUGUUCCACGCCAAGUGCCUCGCAUGGAGCGUCGAAAUUAUGCAGGCAAUGUUCCUGGUAAUGGAUGACAUCGCCGACCGAGCGCCUAUGCGACGCGGGAAACCUUGCUGGCACACCGUCGUUGGGCCAGCUGCAGUUUUCGACGGCCUGCUCGUGGAGCACUGCGUGUACCACCUGGCGCACCGGCACCUCAGUGCGGAAGUCUUCGAUGGCGUACUAGAUCUCCUUCUUAGGACAGUGUUCCAGAUGGCUUUUGGUGAAAACAAUGACCUGCACAGUGAGAGUACGGACGGAAGGGGUUUUCACGAGUUCAGUUUAGAGCGCUUCAAAGCGCUCACCAAGUUCAAAACGGGUCAGUACACCUACUACACCCCAACCGCAACAGCCAUGCUUGCAUGUGGCGUGAGUGACCCAGCAGCAUACGAGGCCGCCCUUGACCUAGGAUUCGAUUUGGGUUACGUCUAUCAAAUUCAGGACGACUACUUGGAUGUUUAUGGGGUUAUAGAAGAUAUGGGUAAACAGAGAACUGACAUACAGAAUGGCAAGUGCACCUGGCUCAUAGUUGAAGCGAAAAAAAGGGCAACUAAAGCCCAACUAAAAGUUCUGAAGAAUAACUACGGCUACAGUGACAGCGCGAAGGUACAAAACGUGGUGCAGGUCUUCAACGAACUCAACAUGAGACAAGUCUGUCUUGACUACGAGCAAAAAAUGUUCAAUGAUAUCACGGUUAAAAUUAACAAGUAUGCUAAAGUUCUUCCUCCCGCAUUGUAUACGUACGUUCUUGAAAGCAUCAAAUACCACGUCAACCGCUGAUUGCGGUUUAACAAGCCAAUAAACACCAUUAAAUUAAA